AUGUUGGGAUCCUUCAUGAGGGAGGUGGAGCAGCUGUCCAAGGUGAGGCACCCCAACCUGGUGUGCCUCUUCGGCUACUGUGAUGAGGAGGGAGAUCAGUACCUGGUGUAUGAGUACUGUGCCAAUGGAAACCUUGCCCAGAACCUAUUGAGAAGUGACUCUGCGCUACCAUGGGAAACAAGAGUGAAGAUCCUGAGGGAUUGUGCAUCUGUCCUGAGGUUUCUUCACACACACCCUGAUGAAUGCAUUGUCCAUAGAGACAUCAAGCUCACAAACAUCUUGCUGACAGAGAACAAGGUGCCAAAGCUGGCUGAUUUCGGGCUGGCAAAAAUGCUAGAAAUGGAGGAGACCAAGGUGUUCACAGAUGUGAGGGGAACCAUUGGGUACAUGGAUCCCGAGUACAUCACACACUCCAAGCUCACUUGCGCCAGUGACAUAUACAGUUUUGGUGUUGUCUCUCUGCAGCUUCUGUCAGGAAGGAAGGUCAUAGAACUCAACAUUGUUGCGCGUGAUUCACUAACAAAGAAGGCCAAGGAUGUCGUGAGUGGGAAAAAGCCACUGGAGGAAUUCAUAGAUCCACGUGUUAGGGAUGAUGUUAUCAUAGAAGAUUUCGUGUUAAUACUGAAAAUCGCAGUUCUUUGUGUUGCGAGUUCAAGUGUAGGGCGCCCCACCAUAAAGGAUGUGUUCGAGGAGAUGGACAAAGCCUUGAGAAAUACAACCAUAAAGACUAAAGCAAGGAAGGAGAUGAAUGCAGCAAAUUUGGUCAUUCAAUAUGCGAAAGUGCUGGAUGUAUAG